AUGCCUCCUCCGCAACCCUCACCCUUGCAGUCCACAGACUCUUCCAAAUCAGGGGACAAUACCGAUCCCCCCAUUCGCAACGCAUUCUCCCGCAACCACAAACUUUCGCUCGAUUACCAAGCUGUUCUCUCCAAACAUGACCAGUGUGACACUCCCCUGAGAUGGGUUCAGCUUGCACACAAGAAGAGCUCUGAGAAACAAGUGGUCCUUAAGAAUCGCGAGCAAUAUAUCAUCGGCAAGCUGGGUUGCACCAUUGAUCAGAAGAUCAAAUUGGUAAGUUUUGUAUAUCUCGGGCGUAUACAUCCUCUAAUGUGCACGUCCAGGUUCAAGAUCAAAUCCAGCAGCUCUCCUCGCCAUCCCGAAACGAUGACGCACUCGCUGCGAUCACUCAAGUCCGAACGAGGCUCAACUCAUUACUCGGAAAUGCUGAGGAGAGUAUCAAAGGCCUCACUCUUGAACCAUAUGAGAAGGAGAAGGCCGAGAUGCAGGCUGAGAUACAGGAACUCCGCACCGAUGUUGUGAGCCAUAGCAAAGCCGUGGUGAAAGCUAUGGAGCACGCGGCCGAGAUCCAGUCCUGUUGACUUGCAGAAGCUCAAUAGCGAGGAUGCGAGCCACAACAAAGCCCUUGUCGAAGCCCAGGAGCACGCAGCCAAGAUCCAGUUGCUGUUAGAUGAGUCGCACCGCUCACUGAAGCACGAGAGGUAUCCGACACCGUGCGCUUGUCGAUACGUCGCUAACUUGUUCCAGGGAUGCUAGACAAAGUGCCGACAGGGAAGUCGAGAAACUCGAGGCUCAGCUUCGUUCGCGGGAAGACCACACGAAGAUGACGGGACUCCAACGCCAGUUGCAGACCGUAGAAGAUUCCCAGCAAGAAGCUAAUCGGAAGAUCGAGGGUCUCAGGGCUCAGCUUCGUUCGCAUGAAAGCCACACGAAGAAGGGAGAAACUACGAUCACGGAUCUUCGACACCAGCUGCAGACCAGAUCGAGCACCUGGAGAGGCCGCUUCAUUCCCAGAGAGAUCAGCAGCUUGGUUCCCAGAGUACUGUUAUAAAUAACAAAGACGAUAUGCAAGAUGUUGCCCCGCUCGACGAGAGUGUCUCGGUAUUCGACAUCGACGAUCAUAUCCUGGUACAGCUGCCCUUCGCCUCCAAGGCGUUCGAUGGAUGGGAUGCAGAUGGACAGGCUCGUUUGAUCGAAGGCGCAAGCCUUCCUCAGAAAAUCAUAUCUCUGGUGGCCUCUCAGAGCCGCGAAUGGGAGGAGAUUUGGCCACAGGGGUGGUCCAACUAUGGGCAUCUGACACAUAUCUCGGAUAUCGUGGCGGAGUAUGUGGCCAAGCCGUCGUUGAAGCAAUGUCUGACGUUGAAGAUCAAGAAGAUGGGAAACACGCGAUAG